AUGUCUGAAAAGUUUUCCAGCCGACCCUGUAAACCCACUAGGGGUGUACUUCAUGUUUUUCCUAACCCUAACAAAUUCCCUGAGCAAUUUAAAGCUUGGGUUCGGAUUGUUAGUGGUAAAGAUGAAUGUGAUUUUGAUUACAAAAAAAUGAGAAUUUGUGAUAAACACUUCACUGAAAGGGAUCGGAAUCGUAACAACCGCCUGAAUGCACUAGCAGUCCCAUCACUUCUUCUGCAUGGUAGUCAUGCUGAUGUGCCAAUGCAAAAUGAACAAAGUGCCUCAACAAACAUAAUGUCUGAAAAAUCUCUAGGUCAACCGGAAGUAUCUGAUAAUAAUCAGUCCACAUCAGACAAUGUUGCUGAUGUGCAGACACAAAUUAAAGCAGGUUUCCCGAUAAGCACAAUGUGUGAACAAUCUGCUGGUCAAACUGACAGUCAUCAGUGUGCAUUAGAUCAAUCUCCUGAAGUAUCUUUCAAUCCCCUGGUGGAGCAUAACUAUUGUAAACUCUCAAAGGAGCAUCAUAAAAUAAAAAGCUGGAAAAGUAACUUACCAUCAGUAGGAACAUCUAAAAAAUAUAGAGUCUACCAACAAAAGAUAAAGAAUUUAAGAAGACAGGUUUAUCGUCUUAGAAAACAGCGAAAAGACAUUAAGUCACGGCUAGAAAAUGCAGAAAAAUUAUUAAAUAAUCUGAUUUUCAAAAACUUGGAAAAGAUAUGA